AUGAAAUUGCAAUCCUUCGGGUUGGCUGGGACCGCUAGAAAAAGAGCUAAAAGAGGUUAUAAAGCAACGACGGCAAGCAAUUGGGUGAAAGUCAAACCCCUGCGCGCAAAGAGCGCUGCGCAGAUCAAAACUCGCCGAGCACCUAACGCGGACUCCAACGGGCGGUGA